UGUGGGCUUGGCUUGUCUCUGGCUUGGAGCAAGCAGGCACACCAAACGUCCAUUUGUUUCUCCAGACUGGAAUCCACAGGCCGUUGUCAUUUCUUUUCUCCGAAGUGCAAUCGCUGCGACCCUCAGUGAGGCGAUUCUUUUCCCCUGCGCUCUCUCUCCCUCUCUCUCCAAGAUGUGGGAGGCACUCGAGAGGUCUAUUCUCAUGAUUGGCCUAUAUUGGACAUGCGUGUCAGCCAACCAGUGUGCUCCCGGGUGGCGCGGGUACGGCACCAGCUGCUACAAGAAGAUGGAAGUCCCCAACGGUUGGCUGGGUGCCUGGCACCACUGCGUCUCUGAGGGCGGCAACCUGGUCUCGAUCACCUCCUCGGCCGAGGAAAGGUUUGUGAAGACGACCAUGGCCAAGUACAACCACUUCUGGCUGGGACUCUCCAACCAGAAAUGCGACACGGUCUGGUGUCGCUUUGAAGGCGGGAGCCAGAAGCUGGCCUGGUCUGAUGGCCAGACAACAACACACCGCAACUGGGCCCCAAAUCAACUUGAAAGCGCCGACGUCGCGUCCUGCGCCUACGUCGCCCAAAAGGUUCGGGAUUAUUCCGGGAAGUGGAGGUCUGGCUCCUGCGCUUCCUCCUUAGCCUACAUGUGCAAACGGCCGCUGGACUGCCCGACGUGUUCCUCCAAAAGUGGUCCUGCUAUGGUGAAGACUUCUGACUGCGACGAUGGCAACAUCCUUUAUGGCGAUCAUUGCUAUUUUCAUGGCCCGAGUAAUGAAAUUCAAGAGGAUGCUGAGGAGUUCUGUCUCGCCCGGGGAGCCCACCUGCCUCGCGUCCACUCUAAGCGAGAUGCCCAAUUCCUGCAAGCCAAGCGCGGCGGAGGCCGUCCACCAUUGGUGGGCCAACCUGACUGGACUGACAAAUGCGGCUGGUGGCUGGACCGCCCCUCCAGCGACUUCUGCUACCUGAUCAUCCCACAGCCCAUCAAGACCUGGCAGGAGGCGCAAGACCACUGCCAAGCCUACCAAGGGAACCUGCUCAGCAUCGCCGACUCGCACGAGCAGGACUUAGUUAUCUUCAAGAGUCAGAGAGAAGCGUCCUCUCUCUGGUUGGGCGCCGAUGUCUCACUCGAUGACGAUGACGGCAAAUGGAUUGACGGAUCCUCGUUCACGUUCAAGCGCCGUUGGGAAGGUGAAACCAAAGGGGGGCAUUGUCUUUCCUUGCUCACUGCCAGCGGCGACUGGAAGUACGACCCGUGCGGCAACAAGAGAGGCUACGUCUGCAAGAAAAGAGGAAAAGGAUUGACAGCGCCGACUCUUGACGUUGUGCCCUCAGACAGCAAGUGUGAUCCCGGGUGGACCGAGCGCGACUCCAGCUGCUACAAGAAGAUGGAAGUCCCCAACGGUUGGCUGGGGGCCUGGCACCACUGCGUCUCUGAGGGCGGCAACCUGGUCUCGAUCACCUCCUCGGCCGAGGAAGACUUUGUGAAGACGACCAUGGAGAAGGACACCCCCUUCUGGCUGGGACUCUCCAACCAGAAAUGCGACGACUCCUGGUGUCGCUUUGAAGGCGGGAUCCAGACGCUGGCCUGGUCUGAUGGCGAGACAAUAAAGCACACCAACUGGGCCCCAAAUCAACUCAAAAGCGCCGCCGUUGCGUCCUGCGCCUACGUCAACCAAGGGGGAAGUGGUGAGCCCGGCAAGUGGAGGUCUGGCUCCUGUCAUUCCUCGUUGGCCUACAUGUGCAAACGGCCGCAGAGCUGCCCAGAGGGACAGACGUGUUCCCCCAAACGUGGUCCUGCUGUCGUGAAGACUGACUACUGCGACGACAACUCCUUCCACUAUGAUGAUUAUUGUUACCGUUACGAGAAGACGUAUGAAAAUUAUGACGAUGCCGAGAAGUUCUGUCAAGUCCGGGGAGGCCACCUGGCUAGCGUCCACUCUAAGCAAGAGGCCCAAUUUGUGUAUGAUCACUCGCAGACCUCACAAUCUGCUUUGGUGGGACUCAAGAAAACGACGGGCGACGACUACAAGUGGAGUGACGGAACAACCUUUGAGUACAAACGGUGGGAAAAAGACACCACGGGGGACUGUGCGUUCCCAAAUUCUGUUGGGGAGUUGAGUGGCUGUGAGUGCUCAACGACGCGGCCAUUCUUCUGCAAAACAGCCAAGCGCGGAGGGACUCGACGGCUGGCAUCAUCAGUCAGCCUAGUCAGCUGGACUGACAAAUGCGGCUGGUGGCUGGACAACCCCUCCAGCGACUUCUGCUACCUGAUGAUCAGCCAGCCCACCACGACCUGGCAGAAGGCGCAAGACGACUGCAAACGCCUCGAAGGGGACCUGCUCAGCAUCACCGACUCGCAUGAGCAGGGCAUCAUAGAGAGUAUCGCCAUGGUUCUGAUGGGUGAUGACGCCUCCCUGUGGUUGGGCGCCAACGAAGGCAUCGAGGGUGACGGCGGCAAGUGGGCUGACGGAUCCCCCUUCUCUUACCUCCACUCGAGUGAAGGUGACGCCAACGGGGGGAAAUGUCUUUCCUUGCGCACUGGCAGCAAUGACUGGAAGCGUGACAAGUGCGACAACAUGAAAGGCUACGUCUGCAAGAAAAGAGGAAAAGGAAAGACCGCAAAACCCCAGCUGCUGCUACAUGACGGCUACAAGGAGAAAUUUUUCUGCCAAGACGAUUGGAAAGUCCUUAAAUGUUCCGAUGAAAGAGUCAUCCGCGUACAGUCGGCUUUCCAUGGACGGAGGCAUAGCAACAUUUGUCCGAGUGGCGGCGCCGGAUCACAGGAUCGCUGCAGGAUGAAAGGGGCUCUCUCUCACUUUAGAGCAUUGUGUGACAAAUAUCAGCUUUGCCCCAUUCAACUUCCGGGUACGGACCCCUGCCCUGGUGUCUCCAAAUACCUCCACCUCGUCUACAGCUGUGAGGAGAAAGUGUGUCUUGACAGUCUGGGCAUCGCUGACGGGACAAUCCCAGACUCCUCCUUCUCAGCCUCUUCCUCUGCGAUCAAUGGCGAACCUCACAAAGCGCGUCUGGGGGGCAGCGGUUGCUGGGAACCGUCCGAAAUGCUCGGCAGCUGGAUCCAGGUGGAUCUCGGUCAGCGCUUCAAGGUGACGGGCAUUAUGACCCAGGGGUGUACAUACCAAUUGGAAAGUGCCAACGUAUUUGAGUUGGAGUUCAGUCCUGACGGAGAAACUUGGUAUCGCCACCCAGAGCAGCUUGCUGUGGGGACGUACAUACUAACCAGGUUUGUGUUGGCCCAGUACGUCCGCCUCCUGCCAAGGUCUUUUGGCCUUCGCUUUGACGUCUUAGGGUGCACGCCUGACGACGCCUCUCGCGACAUCUUAUGCAGCAACACAGCCACCAGCCUCCGCCUCGACGGUUCAAUGACGGUCCGGUGCCCGCCGGGCUGCGCCCAAGCCUACACGGUCUACGGAACACAGAUCUACAAACAAGAGUCAAACAUCUGCGCGGCUGCCAUUCACUCGGGCGUCAUUGAGAACGCGAUUGGAGGAAUUGUGUCUUUGCUGAAGAGAGACCCACAGGAGGCCUACAAGGGCUCCGCCAGGAACGGGAUCACCUCGAGGGAUGGUGGCGGUUUGGCUCAGUCUCCGUCUUACACUUUUCUUGACCAGGAGCCGAGAUGCUUGGGACCUGAAUGGGAGGAGUUUGCGGACUUUUGCUACAAACGUUUUGAUGAGAGAAAGACGUGGUACGGCGCUCGACAAAACUGCUCCUGUCUGAAGGCCAACCUGGUGUCCAUUCGCUCCAAGGUUGAGCGGGAUUGGCUGCAAGACCUCCUGACGACAGCUCCCGGCGACACGUGGAUCGGACUUAACGCCCUGGUGGUUCCUGGCAAAUUCGCGUGGUCGGACCACCAGAAGGUGACCUUAACCAACUGGGCUCCGGAAAAACCUGGCGAGGGGUUGGAGAAUUGCGUGGCCGCCUUGAGCCAGGUGGGUGGCAAAUGGAAGAUGAAGUCGUGCGCGGAACUCAACGGCUACAUGUGUAAGAUGCCCACGGAGCGUUAUGCGCUGGAUAAAGGCGCCAAUGCAAGUGGCGAGUAAUCGUAUGAAUGCAAUUGACCUUGCAUGAUCGUUCUGUUUGAUUGACCAUUGAUUGAUCCAUUACUAUGACUGAUUUACCAUGCAUUAGUCUUUUUGUUAGAUUUACCAAGCGUUAUGAUUCUGUUUACUUCUUCUUCUUGACUUAAUGAUGAUUUACCAUGCAUUAUUAUUCCUUUGACCAAUUUACCAUGUUAUUAUUCUCUUAGAUUUACCGUGCAUUUUCAUCAUUGAUUUCUUAUUUCAUUUUACUUGUUAGAUUUACCAUGCAUCAUGAUUAUGCCAUCUGAUGAUUUACCAUGCAUUAUUAUUCCUUUGUCCAAUUUACCAUGUUGUUAUUCUCUUAGAUUUACCGUGCAUUUUCAUCAUUGAAUUCUUAUAUUUCAUUUACUUAUUGUUAAAUUUACCAUGCAUUAUUUGUAUACCAUCUGUUGUUUUACCUUG